AUGAAGUUCAAAACCCUAAUUCAUUCCCUCAUCUUACGCCACUUUUGUCGCGUUUCAAGGGCACUUUCGAAAGCCAAGUCUAUUUCGGUCCAAACCCUUAAGGAAAUGCACCUUAUGACCCACUUCAUUGAGCCUCUCUUGUUGAAGAAGGGCAAGAAGAAGAAGAAGACAAAGCUCUUCUUAGGUUCAUUUAGAUUGCACUACAAUUGGUGUACUAAUUCCUCUCACGUGUUGCCUAUUCCAUCACCAACCCUAGACCACCACAACCGCCAUCUCUACUACGAUGCCACAUGGCAUUCCUACGUCACCAUGGAAUGUAGCGACGACGACGAGGACUCGCCAGAGCUAUCGGGAUACCUCCACUGGCUCGAAAGAAAAGGGUAUCAGAAGUCUGCGAACCACGAUCAACAUAACCAUCAAGAUGAUAUCAAUAGGCUUGCUGAUGCGUUUAUAGAGAGUUGUCAUGAGAAGUUUAGGCUUGAAAAACAGGAUUCUUAUCGAAGAUUUCAAGAAAUGAUGGAAAGAAGUGUGUGA